AUGGCUGCGAUCGCGCCGCGAGAAAAGCGCGUGCGUGCGGCCGGCGCACAGGAGGCUGAGUCUCAUGCGGUGGAACGCCGUAGGGAUGUGCUCUAUGCGCCGUUCCGUGCGCUAGGCUACAUUACGAAUGGCAUCCCCUUUAUCUUGCAGGUUCGCUUCGGUGGAAAGGAUGCACAGACCCCUGAUGUGAACGUCGUGACUUGUCUGGGCGACACCUGGGCGAUGUGGAAUGCGGAGCGAAUGACACUCUUGUUUGUGGGACCACCGCUGGCUCAUCCCAUUAGUGCGAUGGCUCAUGCCACCUCGCCAGACAGCCUGGUCGUUGCAGCAGGCCCCUCCGUCCACCGUUUUGUGCGUGGCCACGAAGUGGCGUCCUACUCGACGGCCAUUCCCGAGGAGGGCGUGAGUGAGACUUUUCUGUCCGCGCUGCUUGUCUUUGGAGACUAUAUUUGCGCACUCGCUGCUGACGGGUCGUGCUUGUUUGUGUGGUCGCUCACCACCACGGAGCUCAUGCAAAAGAUCGUGUUUGCCGAUGGCUUUAUUGCGUCGCAGUUUGUGCACCCGGCGACGUACCUAAAUAAGGUCGUUGUCGGUGCGGCCGAUGGUUCCCUACAGUUAUGGAACGUGCGCACGGCUUCUUUGAUUCACACCUUCUCUGCGGUCGACGUGCGCGGCGGCCAAGCCUCGUCGACUCACGCGGGUGUCGUAUGCAUGGAACAGAGCCCUGCGAUGGAUGUGCUCGCCGUGGCCUAUGCGGAUGGCAUGGUUGCCUUGUACGAUAUACGCGUCGGCGAGGCGCUCUUCUCUGUGCGAGUUGAAGGCGGCUUGGGCGCGCGGUGCUUGGCAUUCCGUACGGACAAUGUGGCUCACACGCUUGCUAUUGCGACGCGCGCAGGCGCGCUCUCUCUCUUUGACUUGGACGCCGCCCACGCCGAUGGGCCUGUAAGCGGUGCGCCGCGGCUUCUGCACUCGAUGCAGCAUGCCCACGACAGUGCCAUUGGCGCUAUCGAGUUUGUGCCGGGCCAGCCACUGCUGAUAUCCACGGGCGCUGACAAUGCGCUGAAACAGUGGUUCUUCGAGUCGCCUACGCUCCCGCCGCGCCUACUCAAGUCACGCAGUGGGCACGCGCUGCCCCCGCAUCUCAUACGAUACUAUGGCGACGAUGGCCGAGCCAUGCUGUCGGCUUCGCGGGACCGCAGCGUGCGGUGCCUGAGCGUCGUGCGCGACAGCCGCUCGUUUGAGCUGAGCCAGGGCUCGAUCGAGCGCCAGUCGCACAAGCUGGCCGUGGAGGCGAGCUCGCUCAAGCUACGGCCUGUCUCGUCGCUCUCGUACAGCACGAUGCGCUCGCGCGACUGGGACGAUGUGCUGACGACGCACGCCGGCGACACCUACGCUCAUACUUGGACAGUGCGAGACAAGCACAUGAACAAGGCGCUCCUGAGCGUGUCGCGCUCGAAGAGGGACACUGCGGUGGCGACGGCGAGCUGCGUAAGUGCGUGUGGCAACUUUGCGCUCGUCGGCACGAGCGAUGGGCGCGUCGAGAUGUUCAAUAUGCAGAGCCACAUGCACCGGCGCACCUUCCAGACAGACAGCGCGUCGCCCAUCUCGGAUGUGGUCACAGACGCUGUCAACCAGCUGUGCCUCGCAAGCUCGCAGGAUGGCCAGCUGCACUACUUUGACUUCCACACGGCGAACAAGCUGGCGUCCAUGCCCCUGUCGUCGGGCAUCAGCGGCCUGCGCCUCCACCGCGCCUCGCAAUUGCUCGCGGUCCUGAGCGACGACCUGGUGCUGGCUGUCGUGGAUAUCGAGACGCGCCGCGUCGCGCGUCGGUUCCGCGGCUUUCGUGGACGCAUUCUCGAUGCCACCUUUUCUGCCGAUGGGCGCUGGCUCGUGGCGUGCAGCACGGACAGUGUGAUUCGCACGUUUGAUCUGGCAACGGCGCAGCUCAUCGACGCGUUCCGCCCCUCGAGCAUGGCGACUAGUGUGACCUUCUCGCCGGCCGGCGACUUUCUCGCGACGGCACAUGUCGACAGUGUCGGUGUGCAUCUGUGGGUCAACCGUGCGCAGUUCACCUCUGUGGCGCUACGUGCGCUGGAUAUGGGCGGUGUCGUGCCUGAGCGCGAGACCGCUGUGCCCACCGUGCAGGGCGCCGCGCUCGAGACGAGCGCGCCGUCGGACCUGGACGUGGGCGAGCCUGAGCUGCAGCGCACGUACACGAGCCCGCCCCAGCUGAGCGACGCGGACGGGCCGCUCCUGACGCUCAGCACCAUGCCGCGCAGCCGGUGGAUGACGCUCCUCCACCUCGAUACCAUCCAGCGGCGCAACAAGCCACAGGAGCCUCCGAAGAAGCCAGAAAAGGCGCCGUUCUUUUUGGAUGCUGCGCCAGUCGCAGCGCCUGCCGAGCCUGCGCCUGCCGACACGCCGCCGAGGCCCAGGGAGGCGCCGCAUCUCGCGUUCGAGUCGGACAUGGAGCGCCGCCUGCGUGUGGCGGUGCAAGCCGCCGAUGUGGGGCCGCUGUUCACGUACUUGCACACGCUCUCUGCGUCGCAGCUGGACACUGAGAUCCGAGGACUCGAGUCGGUCGCGCAGCAGACCCUCUUCUUGCAAGCGCUGGCGCUGCGCCUCCGCAGCAAGCUCGACUGGGAGGCGGUGCAGGCGAUGCUCCAUGUGUUUCUCACGUGCCAUGCUGAGGUGCUCCAAGCGGAAGGCGUGCACCCCGAGCAUGCCGCCGACGCGGACGCCGAGGGGCAGGCGCUGGCCCUGGCCUUGCGCGAGGUGCUCCAGGAGCAGCGCAGCGAGGGCGCGCGCCUGGUCGACUCGCUGGACUACUGCCUCGGCACGCUGAGUUUCCUGCGGAACGUGCCGCUAUCGUCGGUGUAA